GAUCGGGUGGGACAGUGGUGCAAUGGUUUUUUGGUAUUAAAACUGUAAACGGGUUAUUAUUACAAAUACAAUGAUGCGCUGAAAAUAACAUCACGUCGCAUGGUAUCAGCAGCACGUUCGGACAGACUUGCAAGUUCACUGUUUCCUAAAACUUGAGCUGCACUUUGUAGUUGACGAAGCAGCUCUUCUAAGCGUCUGAAAGAACGAACAAUAGAGCCUUCGUAUAUGUGAACCAUACCGCAAAUUUCAGUAAAUGAAGCACCGUUCAUCCAUUCAAUAACAGCACUCAUUAAGUCUGGUUUGAAAUGAGAAACAUAUUCUUCCUCAGUAAUUUCCAGUUUACUUUCCCUCGAGACAGUUGCAAUCCAUUCUGCCAGUUUUAAAAGUUCUUGAUAGGGCUUUGAGAGCCUAGAGUCCACAUUCGUUGCAGAAGUACUUGAACUUUCUUGGAAUACCAAACAGCUCAACAGCGCUGCAAAUUGAUCAAUGGGCAGCUGGUUUAAUAGCCCACUAAAGAUCAUCUCUGUAAGAACAAGCUCAUCGCCUGUGCUAAUUUCACAGGCAACACGUCCCUUAAUGUCAAUGACCCCAUCCUCAUUGAUGUAUCCAAGGCGCCUGAGAACACGUCGGCGCGACUUGAGUUCAGAAAGUGUAAUCACUGAUUCCGUUUUACUGAUGGUUGCCUUUAAUGCCUUCCACUGAUCUCUGAGUUGAAGUUUUCGACAGUACUCAUCAUAGUGUUCUUGAAACUCUUCGUCCGUGUAAUACGGACUGUUUAGGACCUUUGGUUCAAGGAUCUGAAUUUUGUGAAUGACGGAUCGCAAAGAGUCGCUGUCAAUUCGCAUAUGCUCGAUUGGAUCAAGACAGGGUACUCCAUCGGGGAACCGUUUACUUAUCUCUUGCACAAUGUGGUAUGUAGUUUUUUUCUGCUCUGGGGUAAUUAAGCUCGAUGGUAGGGAUACCCUUAAUGAAGAAAUUGAGUGCAUUGAGGAUAAGGACACAGCAACCACCUCAUAGGUUGCAUUUUCUGGAAGACCAGGCAUCAAUGAAGAAGCAAUUUUGUUAGUUUUGAAGGUAUUUUUGUCAACAGGUAACAAAACGUCAAGAACAUAAAAAUCAGAAGGGUUCGAUUUUCUUAUCUGCAAGUGAAGACUAGCAUUCUCUGCCUUAUGAAAAUUCACUAGUAUACCCCAGGGAAACACCUGAUCCUUUAAACGCACUUGAAUGAGCCGACCAGGUUGCAGAAAAGGAAGACAGAAUUCCGGAUGGGCCAUGAUUUUUCUUAUGCUAUCCUCAUAAGUUUUUAAUUGCAGCUUAAGAUCAUAAAACUCUUGAACAUCUUGUUCAUGAGGAAUGACUAUGGAUUCCAUGUCCAACUUCAUCCGUGAGCAUUCGUUGUUUAGCUCGGGUAACUUGGCCUCGUUCUGGUGCUGAUAAAAACUGUGUUUCAAGAUAUAAUCCGGGGUUAUCCCUUCAAUACGAAGGAGGUUCAGUAUCAUAUUAUAACUGAUGCGAAAUGCUGAAUUUAAAGCUGCAGGAGGACCAGUAAAGAUCGCUUUUGCGGUAGCCAAAUCAAAAUUUUUGUUCGCCAUAACAAUAGACAGCCCACGUUCAUCGAGUCCUCUUCUUCCAGCCCUUCCACUCAUCUGAGUGUAUUCACUAGAAUUAAUCCAGCGGAAUGAUUCUCCAGAGAAUUUUUGCAUUUCAGUAAAUAGUACUGUUCUUGCUGGCAUAUUCAGUCCAAUUGAGAAAGUUUCUGUUGCAAACAGUAUUGUGAUAAGGCCUUCUUGGAAUAGAAUUUCCACUACCUCUCUCAGUAUGGGCAACAUACCAGAGUGAUGAAUUCCAAUGCCACGACGUAGUAACGGCAACAUAUUCGUUAUUUGAGGAAUGCAUCGAUCAGUUUCGGAAAGCUGGUUCAUUGCGGAAUUGAAAACUUGGUCCACCAAUUCCUUCUUUUUGUCAUCUAUGACUUCCAGGCUACUAAUACUUACUGCACCAGCUUCACAUUCUUUUUUGCUGAAGCAGAAGAUUAUUAGUGGAUCGUAGUCAUUAGCUGUAAUCAUUUUUACUAAACGAAAGAGUUCAGGCACAGAUUUAUUUUGUUUCUGUUUCUUUCUUGACGAAGUUUCAUCCUGUUCAUUCAAAAUUGACAUUGCCUUUUGAAAGUUGCCUUCCAUAAGUUUACCAUGCUCAUCAACAAUCAUGUAAAUUCCAUUAGCGCCCCUAGGAAAUAAGAAAUGCUGUAAUGGUGUUGGUCGGUAACUAGUAUAGACAACAUGACAAGGCUGAUUAUGAAUUUUACAUAUCCAAUCGGCAAAUUCCUUGGCGUUAGGUAGGGUAGCAGACAAAAAGAUAUAACGAACGGCAUCCGGGAGUAAGAUAAUUGUUUCUUCCCACACAACCCCCCGAUCUUUGUCGCGCAUGUAAUGAACUUCAUCAAAAAUAACCCAUGAAACUUCACGUGUAAGCUCAGAGCUCUUAUACAGCAUGGAGCGCAAGAUUUCCGUUGUCAUGACCAGACAGCCUGCAUUUGGAUUCAAGGUAACAUCGCCCGUCAUAAGACCUACAUCGCCGAACUCAGCAAGAAAUUCACGAUAUUUUUGGUUACUGAGUGACUUAAUUGGACUCGUGUAUACAACACGCUCACCGUUUUUUAAAGCUUGUGCAAUCGCAUAUUCCGCUACGACGGUUUUUCCUGCAGAAGUAUGAGCACUAACAAUAAUGCUUUCUUUCCGUUCAACACAAGCAAUCGAAGCUGCUUGAAAUGGAUCCAAGGAAAAUUCAUAGGAUCUUGCUGGGGAGGUCGAUCCUACGUGUUCUUCUAUAGGUUUGUAAUCAUAAUCAGCCGGUAAUGACACUUCAUGAAGGACUUGUUUGUCAGGCUGAGCUGCCAGUUCCACAAUCUGACCAGCUAUUUUGAUUGUUCCCUGGAGCGGUUUAAGGCCAGAAGGUUUGUGUUUCUCCGUGCCAUUCUCUGUGUCAUUUUUUUCAACAAUGAUCAUUUUUGAUGAAUCAGUAGGUAAGUUCUUAUCCUUGUAUUCAUUAAGAGGCUCCUGUUUGUCCAUAAUAUAAAAGUUUUAAGCGUUUUUAAAACGUUUCCGUUCCUUGCAUUCGUUUACUGCCUUUCUCCCAAUUAUUGCCAGACGGCGUCGUGUGUCUGUGGACGAAAAGGAAAAAGCAAGACAGCAUUUUCAUUUACAAGAUAUAGAAUGACACAAUACGAAACUAAAUAGAAAUAAUGUGAACUUGUUUUUUAUGGAUAAUGAGUUCAUAGAUUGGAAUAACUGUAACUAUUUAAACGCUUUCUACACUAAACAAAUCAACAAACGAAGAUUUUGAAUCAUGAAUAAUUCGUAAUGCUCUGUAAAACUCAUAUUUGAGUCGAGCAAUUGAUGACUCUGUCAACGCAGAAGCCAGGUUUUUUGAUUUUAUAAAAGGAUCGAGAAUGAUCACUUUCGAUUUCUCCGCUUUCUUCUUGAGAACAUAUCCGUCUCGUGAAAUAUCUAUCACAUGUUUGCUCCAAUCAAAGCUACUCUCACUACCUGCAGCAUAGAACUGAAAGAAGCCAGAGAGUAAAUCGAUCAUUUUGGCAUCAACUUUAUUUACAGUUUGGCGGAAAACAUCAAUAGUCCGAGAAAAAGUACACUCGUAGUUCAAUUGCUCUCUACUAGAAUCUGUUGCAUGAUUCGUAAAGGCAGACUCUGACUGCUGAAGAUUGGGCAAAAGAGGUGGAUUUCUCCGCUGACAGUAAUAAAUAACCAGAAUGCACCAAGUAUAGCUUGACAAAGCCUGAAGCUGAACCUUGUGUAAGAGUCUCGUUUUAGCCCAAAACUUGACCAUUAUCAAAAGAUAUUUCACGCGCUCAUCUAUCUGAGUGUAAAGGCAGAGCAGCUCAGAAUUGUACACUGCGAGCAAACCAUUGAAACUCAUGUCGCAACAAAAUCCGGAAUUUGUUCUAAAUUUAAUGAGAGGGACAUGUGCUCUCGCAACAACUCGGACUUGAGUGUAUUUGCGUCGUAAAUGAUCGGCUAUAGGAUAAAUUCGACUCAGAAGAUUUUUGUUUUUGCAUUUGAUAACAACAUCAAUGUCUGAGCUCUCUGUCAUUAAGCCUGUUAAGGAAGAACCAAACGGGUAAACUUUAAUUUUUCUCCUUUCCAUCUUGGACAAAUAUUUUUCAAGUUCCAUCACGAAUAAAUGUCUUUUAGAUAACACACUCGGUUUUGGUAAGAGAAUGUCUAGGCAUUGCGUAACCUCGUUUUCACGCUGUUCCCAAAGAGCAGCUUCCGGAUGGGUUCUAGACAAUUGGUUGGCAAGUGGUAUAUCUUUGGGUAAAAAGUGCUUUUUACCCUUAUCGGUAAUACGGAUGUAGAACCGCUGUUUUUCAUGGGCCUCACGUUGAAUAAGACCACCGUCUUCAAGUGAAGCCAGGACGGUGGAAAGUGUCUUUCCCGACAAUUCGCCAUCAGUCGACAGUUUGUAACGAUUCAAAAGGCUGUCGACUUGCACACUACCCCUUACAUAACAUUCUUUUAGAGCAAAAAGUGAUAUCGGAGUAUGUUUACAGCUGUGUAACUGUUCCACGAGUAAGCUGCUGUGAGUGAUGACUGUAUGGGCAUCAUGAGGAAUUUUUGUCUCGGUCUCCAUUUCUGUCACAUAAUCAGUCUCAGAAGCAGUGGCUUUGCUUUCCUCUAAGGAUUCGGAAACACGCUCUUUGACACUAACCCGAACAGUCUCGGUCUCUUUCUUGUUUAUUACUUCCACUCGUUCUAGAGUGGCCUCAAGGGAGACUGUUGGCUCAAGUGUGACUUCCUCCUUUACUUCGUAAUUGGUUUUUAGCUGGUCAUCAAUUGCUGGAGGAGAAGCUGAUGCCAUUAUUGAAGGCUGAAAAGUUACAACCUCCUCAUAAAGAUCAUCCUCGUCGAAAUCUCCAUCAUCUAAAGAGACCCUAGCCUCAACAGUCUUCAAUUCAACCGUCUUUUCGUCUGCUUUCUCAGAUUUCUUUUCGCCGACCGUUGUUAAAGGAACUUUGUCUUUCUCGUUCAAAGCUUUAACAGUGGUUUGCAACAUGCCCUGAAAGCUUUUUCGUUCUACAGUGUUGUAACGUUCUUCCAGAAUGGGUUCCAAAAGCGGUCUGACCUUGUUCGCCUUUAGCCUUUUGGGUACAGGAUCUUUCAGCUGCAGGAAACCGGUCGGAGUAACAGUGAAGAUAGUCUGAAAUGUCUCAAAACGAAUAAUUUUCUUCAAACCUCCAAAGCAGUGCAAGACUCUGGCCAUUGAUUCACUGAGUUCCAGUGGUGCUUUCUUUUUCCCCAAAGAAGCAACGAAAGGCCUCAACGGAACCCGCAUUUCUUCCCGAGAUCUCACAUAUCGAAAGACAGAUUGUAUAAAUGGUACUAGCGCAUCACAUACAUGGAACUUGAGGGCAGAAUCAUCCAAUUCCUUAACAGAAGCCAGGUUGAAAGUUGAGAUCGUUUUUUGAUGAAUGUAGGACGGAAAACACAAACGUGAAAAUGAAUGAAACAGCUUAACAACGAACGUUUUCGUCCCGCGAGCAGAUACUAUUUGAAGUUAUUUUCCUUAACGUAUUUAGGUUUUGGUGUUCAGGUCUGCAUAACUGCAACUGAGACACCGCCACGGGUACGAAGACCGGACCAACUGAAGCUGCCUUUUACCAUUACUACCGAAUUCCCAUCCAAAUCCAGCAGGACGAUGGAUCCUUCACUUAUUAAAACAGUAAAUAAGCUACAAGAUGCAUUUUCGACUGUCGGUGUGCAGAAUUUAAUUGAUUUACCCCAAAUUACGGUCGUCGGCUCUCAAUCGAGCGGUAAAUCUUCAGUCUUGGAAAACAUUGUCGGUCGUGACUUUCUUCCUAGAGGAACGGGCAUUGUUACGAGAAGACCUCUUGUUUUACAAUUAAUUAAUCGACAAAUCACCCCAAAAGAGAAGGGACCAGAGAAUGAAAUAGAAGAAGAUGAAAAUGGAAACAAUAAGGAGGAAUGGGGAGAGUUUUUGCACCUUCCUGGACAAAAGUUUUAUGAUUUUAACAAAAUUCGUGAGGAAAUUGUACGUGAGACGGAAGCCAAAACCGGUAGAAACGUCGGAAUAUCAGCCGCUCCCAUUAACUUACGAAUCUAUUCCCCCUAUGUCUUAACACUGACUUUGGUCGACUUGCCCGGUUUGACAAAGGUUCCUGUUGGCGAUCAACCGAGAGACAUUGAGAAGCAGAUUCGCGAGAUGCUUUUGAAAUAUAUUACGAAACCAAAUGCUAUUAUUCUCGCAGUAAAUGCUGCAAACACCGAUCUCGCUAACUCUGACGGCUUAAAACUUGCACGUGAAGUUGACCCGGAGGGUUUGCGUACCAUUGGUGUGUUGACAAAGGUGGAUCUUAUGGAUCAAGGAACAGAUGUUGUUGAUAUUCUGGCUGGCCGUGUCAUUCCAUUGCGACUUGGUUAUGUCCCUGUAAUCAACCGUGGACAAAAGGAUAUCGACGCAAAGAAAUCUAUUCGUAACGCUCUGGAAGCUGAGAAGGAGUUUUUUGAGCAACAUCCUUCCUAUUCAUCUAAAGCCCAGUACUGUGGUACACCAUAUCUCGCAAGAAAAUUGAACAUGAUUCUCAUGCAUCACAUCCGCAAUACCCUCCCAGAAAUCAAGGUUCGCAUUAAUGCCGCUUUGGCAAAGUACCAAGCUGAAUUGCAUUCUCUGGGCGAUACGGUCGUUGGAGAUAAUGCGAACAUCGUGUUGAAUAUCAUUACCGACUUUUGUCAAGACUUCCGUACCAUUUUAGAUGGUCGAAGUGAAGAGCUUUCCACACUUGAGCUUUCUGGUGGUGCUCGAAUUGCUUUCGUGUUUCAUGAAAUUUAUUCCAAUGGUGUCCAGGCUAUUGACCCGUUUGAUGAAAUUAAAGAUAUAGACAUUCGGACCAUAUUAUACAACUCGUCUGGAUCCGCACCUGGGUUGUUCAUGGGUACCGCUGCCUUUGAAGUUAUUGUGAAACAACAAAUUCGCCGUCUUGAGGAUCCGUCUUUGAAAUGUGUGAACCUCAUUUUUGACGAAUUGGUCCGUAUUCUUACACAACUUUUGCAGAAGCCCAUUUUCAAACGCUAUCCUUUGCUUAAGGAGGAGUUUCAUCGCACGGUUGUGGGCUUUUACAAGAAAUGCAUGCAACCUACAAACAAUCUUGUUUCCGACAUGGUAGCCAUGGAAGGCUGUUACAUCAACAGUACACAUCCUGAUUUUCUUUCAGGCCAACAAGCCAUUGCUAUUGUACAGCAGCAACAAGCGAAGCCGACUACCAUUGAUCCGAAAACCGGAAAACCGUUAAUGAGUAAUCACUCCCAUUCCCAGUCCCAAACUGAUAUUUCAUCCGGUAGUAGCAACUUCUUUGGUAGCUUUUUCGGUUCUAAAAACAAAAAGAAGCUCGCUACCAUGGAACCUCCUCCGCCCGUUCUCCGUGCUUCGUCUACUCUCUCAGAGCGUGAGAAGAUGGAUACAGAAGUCAUUAAACUGUUAAUUACUUCAUACUUCAACAUUGUGAAGAGAACACUUAUUGAUAUGGUCCCCAAGGCAAUUAUGCUGAAGAUGGUAAAGCACGCUAAGGAAAAUAUGCAUCGUGAGCUGUUGGAGCACCUGUACAAGCCAGGUGUAAUCGACAAGCUACUAAAAGAAAGCGAAACAACUGUGCAACGUCGCAAGGACUGUGAGAAGAUGGUUGAGUCUUUGCUUCAAGCUAGUGAGAUUGUUGCAAGUACUUAGAUGCAUAUUUGACGAGAAUACAUGAGUAUACAUAUACAAAGCGUACAUGUUAAUUAUUACGAUUCAAUGUAAAUUUAUUAAGUAGAGUGAACUAAGGAGAACAGCUGUGAUGAGGUAGCAAAGAGUAGGAUCAUAGCGGUUUAGCUAUUGCAGCUACUUCUGUUGCUGUUUUUUUUUCGCAUCUCUUCUACUGCGUAAGGCCUGC